AUGAAUGAUAAUGUAGUAAAAAUUGCUGAAGAUGCUACAAAAGGACAAAGCAAAUCUUCAUUAUGGUACGAAUUAAGGUAUGGCAGGAUAACUGCAUCAAAAAUUUAUGAAGCAGGUAAUUGCAAAACAUCGGAUGGAACAUUAGUCGAAACCAUAAUAGGAGCCCAUAAAAUAAGGGAGACAAGAGCUAUGAAACGAGGAAUUAAAUUAGAAAAAGAAGUUUUAAGACGUGUGGAAGAGGAAUUGAAAAUAAAAUUAAAACCAUGUGGCAUUAUUUUGAAACGGGAAUAUCCAAUUUUUGGAGCAUCACCUGAUGCUAUAGCGGAUGAUUUUGUGGUCGAAAUAAAAUGCCCAAAUAGUGUAAAGGCUUUAUCAAACUAUAUAAAAGAUGGUUUAAUCGCAAAUAAGUACAAAGCUCAAGUACAUCUACAGAUGUUUACUGCUCAAAAACAAAAAGGACUUUUUUGUAUUGCACAGCCAGAUUUUGAGACUUCUAAGAAAAUAAAUUUUCUAUGGGUAAAUUUUGAUAAAGACUAUGUCUGA